AUUGGAAAUGGGUGAAUAUUUGGCAAAUCAAGUUGUGAAAAAAUGCGGCAAAAAUUUUGAUAUUGAUGUAGUCAUUCCAGUCCCUGACACAAGUCGCGUGGCUGCUCUUCAAGUAUCACACAAAUUGAAAAUUGCGUAUCGUGAAGGAUUCAUAAAAAAUCGCUAUGUGGGCCGUACAUUCAUAAUGCCUGGACAACAAAUGCGUAGAAAGAGUGUUAGACGAAAAUUGAAUGCUAUGGCUUUAGAGUUCGUUAAUAAAAACGUUUUGAUAGUUGAUGAUUCAAUCGUCAGAGGUACAACAUCCAUGGAGAUUGUCCAGAUGGCACGCGAUGCCGGAGCAAAGAAAGUAUACUUUGCUUCGUGUGCACCUCCGGUUAGAUACCCUAAUGUAUAUGGUAUAGAUAUGCCGUCUCGACGGGAGCUUGUGGCAUUUGGUCGUGACGAUGAUUCAAUUUCUAAAGAGAUAGGUGCUGAUAUGGUAAUAUAUCAGGGUCUUGAUGACUUGGUUGCUUCUUGUCAAAAGUUCAACUCAAAUAUUACAACAUUUGAUUGUUCCGUGUUUGAUGGUCGCUAUGUUACUGGCGGAAUUACAGAUGAAUAUUUAGAUCAUUUAGAAAAGGUUCGCAGUGAUUUGGCCAAGUCAUCUAGGGAGAACCUUCAAUCUCCAGAGACGAUGGGAUUACAUAACUUUCGUGAUACACCUUUACAAAUAUCAAUAGAACGAAAUGGCCGGAAUGGUACUAACGGUAGUAACGGUACAUAUUAA